AUUCCAAGAUGGCGGACGCUAGAUGGAGGGUUGUGUGUGUUGUGUGCGCGCUGUGCCUGACCAGCGCCGUGCUCGCCUCGCAGGACCUCAUGGUCAAGAUGACCAAGGGAUUCUCGAAGGUCGUGGACGACUGCAAGACUGAGCUCAACAUAGGCGACCACAUAAUGCAAGACAUGUACAACUACUGGCGCGAGGAGUACCAGCUCAUCAACCGGGACAUGGGCUGCAUGGUGCUGUGCAUGGCCAAGAAACUGGACCUCAUGGAAGACCAGAAGAUGCAUCACGGGAAGGCAGAGGAAUUCGCCAAGAGUCAUGGAGCUGACGACGACGUGGCCAAGAAGCUGGUGAGUAUAAUCCACGAGUGCGAGCAGCAGCACGCCGGCGUGGCGGACGAGUGCAUGCGGGCGCUGGAGGUGGCCAAGUGCUUCCGCACCAAGAUCCACGAGCUGAAGUGGGCGCCCAGCAUGGAGGUCAUCAUGGAAGAGAUGAUGACCGCCGUGUAAAUGAAACCCAGGAAACAAUACUAUAGUAGGAGAAGCAGCUACACUAGUUG